GCGAAUCACAGCAUGCCACACCACCACCAGGGUUUUUCACAAAAACCUUGGUAUCCGGGUCACAGGCUUCUGUACAGUGUUUUGAAACCCGAACCGGACAGAAAACCGGUUUGCUCACCGGUUCCCGGUUUCACCGGUCCGAUGGCAUGUUAUGAUGUUAGUACGGUAAUAUAACCAGGGAUUCCGCGCAUGAAUGCAUGACAACACUUGUCCGAAAAAGGUGCAGCUAGCAGAAUUGCAAACCUUUCUUUCCAUCCUUGAUCAAUGGCGUUCGAGAGCAUUUCGAAUUCAGACAGACGGAUGGCGGCGCCGGAGCUGUCGGAGAAACCGAAGGAGAGGAAGAAAAUUGAGUCUACGAGCAUUUCAAGUUCAGAAGGAUGGACAGCAUGGGUGGGGCGGCGGACAGAGGGAUUGAAUCUGUUGGCGAAAGAUUUUCAAUCGACAGAACUGAGUAGCUCCUCCAGGAGAGAGUUCGUGAUCACUGCAAAAGCCUUCAAAGAGAUGAUACCGACAGAUUCUGACAAAUCUGUGGUCUUGAGCGACGAUUUCCACGAUAGUGCAAUGGAAGUUUCCAUUCUUGUUGCAGGUGAUGACAUGUGUGGGAAUCUCAAAGAUAUCUUGCUCAUGAGAUACGGUUUUCCUAGUGACAAGGUUAUUAUAAGAGAUAGUAUUUAUUUCCAAGAAUCGUUGAAGUUAGAUUGGUCUAAUGUCUGUCAGGCAAAACUUUCUUUUUGGCUAUUAAGAGCAGAGAUAGAGACAAAAUCUGCUCGACCUUUUCCGUUUGACUAUGCUGAAAUCCAUGAGGAUGAUUGUUUUGAUGUGGCAAGGAAAUUUGUUUCACUGAUUGGAAUGGAUAUUGAGUCUCUGAUUAUAAAUUAUCUCAGAGGAACUCAUGUUGUUGAUACAUUGGAGUUGGAGGCGGGUCAUUAUGAUCAUGAAAGGGUUCAAAACUUGAGGUCUUUGCUAAAGAAAGAGGACUGUGGUUUUGCAGAAAUAGAGGGAUUGAUUAAUAAGUUGGGAGAAGUCAUGAAAAUUUUAAGUUCCAACGCUACACGAGAUUUGGUUUCAGCUUUGAGAAACAUUGCGAAAUCCUUUCGGAUGAUUGUUCAUAUGCUACGCCAGCUUCAUCAGAGAACUCUGGAUACAGGAAUCACAUGGCCAGUGAAUUGGAAGGGUAUUGAGGAUACAGAAGGACACUUUGGAAUCUUAAGUUUGAUGAUAAGGGAUAAAGUUGACCAAGAAAAGGAAGCGCUUGCUUGUGAGACAGCUUAUAAAUCCAAAUCAAAUAAAAUCUUCGCAGCUCUGGUUGUCAUGAGAAAUUGGCUGUUUUAUGUUGAAGGAGAAAUGUACCGAUUGGUUUUAGCUCUUCAAUCCAAGAUAUCACUCGAAGAAUUAACAUCUGCACUAAGGUCUUUGAAGGAAGGAAAACAAGAGAUACUACCCUUUGUUGUGUACAGGAUACUUGCAAUGCAUCCGGCUGAAGAAUCUGGAAACGGGGUGAGAUAUUUGGACGAAAUGAUGAGUUCCAAUAUAACGAAAUCCAUCCUUCAUGUUGUUUCAAAAUUGGAUACCAUAUUGAGCUCUUUAAAAAUUCCAAUUGCUAGCAUAAUAAGCUGGGAGGAAUUGGUUGCUUGUGAGAAAAGUUUGCAGGAGGUUGAAACGGAGCUUAAAGAGAUUGAGUCGAAUAGGAGGAGAAGCAAUAGGAACCCUAAUGCAGGUAAGUGAAAUUUUUAGUUCUUCCUCAAGAGUCAUAGCACCAUGAAAAGGAUACAAUUACCGAAACAAAAUUUUCUGUUUAUGAUAUUUUGCAGAAAGAUGAGAAAGCACUUAAUAAGAAACGGACGAUGCAUGGAAGAGGAGAAGCAGGAACCUCAUUACUGGUAAGUGAAAGUUAAAUUGCCAAUAAUAGACAUUUUCUUUC